AUGGCCUCUACCACUAGCAGUAGCAGCACGACGAGCAGCAGCCAGAAGCUGCGUGUCCUGCUCAUCCCCUUCUUCGCGACCAGCCACAUCGAGCCCUUCACCGACCUCGCCCUGCGCCUGGCCGCGGCGGCUGACCCCGGCGCCGCCGUAGAGGCGACCGUCGCCGUCACGCCGGCGAACGUCCCCAUCGUCCGCUCCUUGCUCGAGAGGCGUACGCAUGACGCAGCCGGAUCUGAGGGCACGCCCGUCAAGAUAGCGACGUACCCGUUCCCGGCCGUGGACGGCCUCCCGGGGGGCGUCGAGAACCUCGGCAAGGCCGCCCCCGCCGACUCGUGGCGCAUCGACGCCGCCGCCGUCAGCGACGCCCUGAUGCGCCCCGCGCAGGAGGCGCUCAUCAGGGAGCAGUCCCCGGACGCGCUCGUCACCGACCUGCACUUCGUCUGGAACGUCCGCGUCGCCGAGGAGCUUGGCGUGCCGUGCGUCAGGUUCAGCGUCAUCGGCGCCUUCUCGUCGCUCGCCAUGCGCCACCUCGAGCUCCUUGCCCCGGACGUCGCCGGCGGCGACCCCGACCCCGACGUCGUCGCCGUGGUCCCUCGGUUUCCGGGCCCUCCGUUACGGAUACCGAGGACCGAGCUGCCGGAGUUCCUGAGGAGGAAAAAGGAGGUCGAUUGCUCCACGACAAACCCCUUCUACGCGGCGCAAGCCGACUGCUUCGGCCUCGCCAUCAACACAUUCUCGGACCUGGAGCAACACUACAGCGAGAUGAACAUGCGCGAAGGCUACGUGAAGCGCGCCUACUUCCUAGGGCCUGUCUCGCCGCGGCCAUCACCGGCAGCCGUGGGCGCCGGCGGCGGCGGUGGCUGCAUCGACUGGCUUGACUCGAAACCAGGCCGCUCGGUGGUGUACGUGUGCUUCGGCAGCUUCGCGCCCGUCUCGGACGCCCAGCUGCGCGAGCUGGCUCUCGGGCUGGAGGCCUCGGGAAGGCCGUUCCUGUGGGUGGUGAGGGCGGAGAAGUGGACUCCGCCGGAGGGAUGGGAGGAGCGUGUCGAAGACAGGGGGCUGAUGGUCACCACCUGGGCCCCGCAGACGGCUAUACUGGGGCACCAGGCGGUGGGCGCGUUCGUGACCCACUGCGGGUGGAACUCGGUGCUGGAGACGGUGGCGGCGGGCGUGCCGGUGCUGACAUGGCCGCUGGUGUUCGAGCAGUUCAUCACCGAGAAGCUGGUCACGGAGGUCCUCGGGAUCGGGGAGCGGCUGUGGCCUCAUGGCGCCGGCGUACGAAGCACGAGCUGUACAGAACACGAGCUAGUCCCCGCCGAAGCUGUGGCGCGGGCAGUGACCGCGUUCAUGGCCCCUGGAGGACCAGCGGACGCGGCGAGGGGCAGGCCAUUUCAUCUACUCGCUGCACCGGCUGGACGCCAUGAAGCACCUCUUCUACCCGUCAGCAGAAGCGCUCAAAGCAGCACAGGAUGCAAGAACGACGACCAAGAAGAAACCAUCAACGUUAGAGCGCCUGUCGGUUCUGCCGAAGCCGGAGAUCAAUUUUCAUCCCAAGUGCAGUGUAACAGGUAG